GCACUCACCCCACACCGAAGACGAACCACCUCGCACCGUCAACCUAAACACAUCUCACUGCACCAGCCAUGUCCGACGACAAACGCCCAUCCGUUUGUGUCUUUUGUGGUUCCACUAAAGGGAAUCGACCAGAGUUCGCCGACGCCGCUACAGCGCUUGGCCGCGCAUUAGCAAAUGACAACCGACAACUCAUUUAUGGCGGAGGUACUUCGGGCCUCAUGGGUCGAGUAGCUGCUGCUUGCCGAGAGGCAGGAGGUAGAGUCACAGGGGUGGUGCCACGCGCGAUCGCAGAGGGAGGAGGCGAAGGGGAUUCUGUUUACAAUCCAAUUUCCCCCGAUUACCCUGAUACACUCUUCGUCGGGAACAUGCACGAGCGCAAGAUGAGGAUGGCUGAGUUGGCGGACGGCGGCUUCGUCGGGCUUCCAGGAGGAUUCGGAACCUUCGAAGAGGUGCUGGAGGCAGUGACUUGGACAGGGCUCGGAAUACACGAAAAACCGGUGGUACUACUCAAUGUCUGUGGAUACUACGAGCCAUUGAAACUGCUCAUAUCAAAGGGAUUAGAGUACGGGUUUAUCAAGCAGGACUUUGCCUCCUUAGUUGUCUUCGUGGAGCCAACUGAAGAUGUGGUGGACGAAAAUUUCGACUGGGGUGAAGCAACACUCUCAGCACUUAACUCAUGGAAAAUGCCAGAAGUUGGUGGUAUAUUCAAAAACUGGGAUAUGUCCCAGUCAUAAA